UCCCGAUCGCAGCGGUCGCCUCGCCGCCGGCUCCUUUUCUCUUCUUCAUUCGCCUCACAGCCGUUCGCAAGUGAAGUCGCAUUUCGCAAAGUUUUUGCUCCUCGUGCUUGAAAGAGACUAUUCGUCCCACAGGAUGCCCGUCAAAGCCGUCUGCGUGCUGAGUGGAGACGUUAAGGGGACGAUUUACUUUGAGCAGAAUGCCGAUUCCGACGCCGUGAAGGUAACGGGCGAGGUCACCGGGCUGAAGGCCGGAAACCACGGUUUCCACAUCCACGAAUUUGGCGACAACACCAACGGGUGCACCUCGGCCGGGCCGCACUUUAACCCGCACGGCAAGGAACACGGCGCCCCGGACGCGUCCGUCCGUCACGCCGGAGAUUUGGGCAAUGUGGUGGCCGAUGCGGGGGGCGUGGCCAAGGUCGACAUCACCGACAAGCAGAUCUCGCUGAGCGGACCGCUGAGCAUCCUGGGCCGCACCGUGGUCGUGCACGCCGACCCGGACGAUCUGGGCGUGGGCGGACACGAGCUGAGCAAGACCACCGGAAAUGCGGGCGCCCGGCUGGCCUGUGGCGGUGGCACCGCCGUGACCGUGACGGGCUGCGUGGAGGGGCUGCCCCCGGGCAAGCACGGUCUGCACAUUCACGAGUUUGGCGAUUUCAGCCGCGGUUGGCACUCGACGGGACCGCACUACAACCCGUACGGGCGGGAUCACGGCGGACCGGAGGACACGAACCGGCACGCGGGCGAUCUGGGCAACCUGGUGGUGCGGCCGUGUGGAAUGGCCAAGAUCCAGAUGGUGGACCACCAGAUUACGCUGGUCGGGGAGCACAGCAUUCUGGGGCGGACACUUUCGAUUACGGAGUUUGAGGACGAUCUGGGAAAGGGGGGACACGACUACAGCAAAACCACGGGAAAUUCUGGAAACAAGAUUGCCUGUGCAAUGAUUGGGGUGGCGCCGGAGGAGUACUUCCAGGAGCGGCGCCACUUGACCACGCAUGACUAGACGCGACCGAAAAAAUAAAGCAAAUUCUUCUAUCA